UAGCGCCUUCCGCAUUUUCAAACUUCUCACAAGAUCUCAAUGAGUCACUCUCGAUACAAGAUCGCGGUGCUACCGGGGGACGGCAUUGGGCCGGAAGUAUGUGAAGAAGCUGUCCGUGUGUUGAGGCUGGUUGGUUCCCUCUUUCAACACAAGUUCGAGUUUACGCAUGCGCUAUGCGGAGGGGCCGCGUACGAAGUACACAACAAUCACUUGCCCCAGAGUACUGUGGACCUAGUCAGGGCCAGCGAUGCCGUGUUAUUCGGCUCUGUCGGCGGACCAAUUGAUGCUCAAGAAACACCGAAGUGGAAGGAUGCGGAAAAGAAUUGCAUCUUAGGCCUUCGAAAGCAUUUCAAUCUGGCCGUGAACAUCCGCCCAGCCAAGAUUUACUCUAUGCUACCAGACUUGUCGCCGUUGAAACGGAGCAUUGUUGCAGCUGGAGUCGACAUGGUGAUUGUACGCGAGUUGGUGUCUGGUAUUUACUUUGGCGAACACUCGACGGAGAACGGCGUUGCCCGUGAUGUAAUGAAGUACACGGAAGAUGAAAUUCGGGUCCCCAUGAAGUUUGCUUUUGAGACUGCGCUCAACCGCACCAAAAAGCUGACAGUUGUCGAUAAAGCCAAUGUCCUGGACUGCAGUCGACUGUGGCGCAAAGUGGCGAAAGAAGUUGCUGUGGACUACCCGACCGUGUUUGUUGAAUUUGUAUACAUCGACAACGCUGUGAUGCAGUUGAUCAAAAACCCAUCCCAGUAUGACGUGAUUGUCACUGGCAACAUGUUUGGCGACAUUUUGUCCGAUGCGGCGUCAGUCCUUCCUGGCUCGUUGGGCCUCAUGCCAUCCGCCAGUCUUGGCGACAAGAUUCACUUGUUUGAGCCCAUCGGUGGGUCAGCACCUGAUAUUGCUGGGCAAGGCAUUGCGAAUCCUAUAGCCCAGAUCCUGUCGGGGGCUCUGUUGCUGCGUUACUCCUUCCAUAUGGAAAUGGAAGCAGCCUUGAUUGAACAGGCCGUCAAUAACGUACUCGAUCACGGUGUUCGCACGGGGGACUUGACGCCCAAUCGGUCCGAAAAAACAGUCGGGACCAAGGGCAUGGGAGAUGCCAUCGUCGCGGAAAUCGAAGCUCUGUAUAGUAAAUCGUCGUAGACGUCACGUAAACCACCAAAUUCCAAUGUUACAAGUUCGUUUACUGCAGUAAACGCAGCCGGUCCAUGUAAUAGUUUUUGUGGUCAGAGUCCAUGUCGAUCAGCGCCGUGUAAAUGUCACGGCAUCGAGCAGUGUGGACACGUUCAAAGCCGCCGCACUUACUGCUGGUCUCCAACACCAGCGCAAGUGUUACCUAGGAAAUGCAUGAACCACUCGAAUCAUGAAUGUAGCCGAAAUGGUACCCAUGCAAACUUGGCCUUCGGCUCUUCCUGAAUCAGUUGUUCAAUCCACUCGAUUUCAUUCUGCCACACGGCCGCGUCAUUCGGGAUAGAUUUGAUGAGCCAACGGUAGUAAAACCAGUUGCUUUGGUCAUAGGGCUCGGUGAACACGGCUUGCUUGACCAUCUCAACUUCCUCAAGGAGAACAUCCAGAGGAAGCGGCGUCGGUAGAGACAGCGUACGUUGAUGCAACGCCGAGUAGUUGGAGAAGUUCUGCGCCACCUUUCGCGUGGAAAACUCAAGCAGGUCGUCGUUGGCGUGUUCUUCACCGGAUGCCUUGAGCUUGGACAGAUACCGUCGGUAGUUCCAGCAAUGGAAGUUUCGCUCGUCCUUGUUCAACAGCGCAUCGCACAGACGCACCUCCUUCUCGACAACCGCCAUACCGUUGUCCACGAUCCACUGUCGCUGGAACCACGCAGAGUAGCUCUUGGGAUUUUUCAUCAGCGCUUCCAUAGUCAAUUUGCACUCAGCUUCUGCAAGCUCCUUCUUGCGACUAUCAUCAGUCCUCAAGAGAUGGCGAAUGGUGUCACGGCGGAACGCCCACACGAUCCAGAACUCGGGAUUCAGUACGACUACUAACGCCGACAGCUUGAGUCCGUGGUCAUCAAACUGCUGUGCCUUCUUGAGUACCAUCACCUGCGCAGAUACUUCCUUGUACUUACGGACAUGCUCCGCAAUCUUGAUUUCCUCUUCCGGUGUCUUCGCGAUGUCCGACUUACGGAUGCCGUGCAUGGUAUUGAAC